AUGAUGGCCGCCAUCGCGUUUGCGGUUGGUGCCAGCUUGGUGGCCAAUGCUUUUGCUGACCCUCGAGUGAUGAUUGAGUCCACGUACACCGGAAAGAAAGGAUUGAACGAUUUGGCCAAGGAUCUGGGAAAAUACAUGGGCACGGCCAUUGACAUCAAACAACUAAGUGACAAAUGCCAGGCUGGGGUGUUGAAGGAUACCAAAGAGUUUGGAAUGAUCACUCCAGCGAACUCUAUGACGUGGGAUGCGAUAGAAGCCAAGCGCGGCGUCUUUACGUUCGAGGAUGCUGAUACAAUCGUCGCUUUUGCCAAAAAAGCCGGGGCUCAAGUCCGAUGCAGCACUCUAAUUUGUCACAAGCAAGUACCGGAAUGGGUGCAAAAACUGGAGAAAGCCGAGCUAUUAGAAGCAAUGUCUAACUAUAUUACCAAGGUUAUGACGCACUUUGGAAGCUCAUGCCUAAUCUGGGAUGUCGUCAGCGAGGCUUUUGAAGAAGACGGAUCGUACCGGCAAUCGUUUUGGUACAAGAAGGCGGGCAUGGACUACAUUUUUACCGCAUUCAAGACUGCCAAUACCGUGACACAAAAGCUUGGCCUUAAGAACCGAUUGUACUACAGCGACUACAACAUCAGUGUUAUUAAUAACAAGUCUGACGCGGUACUAAAGAUGGUAACAUCUUUGAGACGCAAAAAGCUUUGGGUGGAAGGCUUGAGUGCUCAAUCGCACUACUUAGCGAGCGAAUGGGUGGCGGGUGCACACAUUUUCAACAACUUUCGUCGUUUUACUUCUAUUAAAAUGGACGUCGCGAUUACAGAGCUUGAUGUAAGGACAAGCUCGGCCAAUCCCAAUGUGACUGAACAGCAGCAACAGGUCAGCGUUUACGCGAACGUCAUGUCGGCUUGCAAAAAGACCGUUCGAUGCGUCGGCGUGACAACCUGGAACUUUGUGGAUUCAUAUUCGUGGACUAAAUCGUCCGCUUCGCUUCCAUAUAGCCAGCCCAAUGGGCCCAACACACCGCUCGUACGCAAGGCAACGUACGAUGCCAUCGCGGAUGGCUGGAUCUAG